AUGGGUUUCAAUCUCCACGCAGAUGGGACAAAUGACCCUGAGGAGGUGCGCAACUGGCGCAAUCACAUGAGAGCCGUCACCGCCUCAAUGAUGGGUUAUGACACCUCCGUCAUUGGCGGCACCAUGGCUCUCGACUCCUUCCGUCGCGACUUUGACCUCGCUGACAGCUCCCCGACCUUCCGUGAUACUCUCCAGGGCAACAUAGUCUCCACGUUCCAGGCAGGAUGCUUCUUUGGCGCCCUGCUCACCUUCCUGCUCGCAGGAUGGCUCGGCCGCAAGAGAGCAAUCAUGAUCUCUGCCCUCGUCUUCCUGGUCGGUGGAACUCUCAUGACCGCCUCGCUCGGCGAGAUUGGACUCCUCCUUGCCGGGAGAGCCAUCACCGGCUUGGGCAUUGGUGCCACGUCUCUCAUUGUCCCCUGGAUUGUACCGCUCGGCUUGCAGUUAUUGCCGGGAGUUCUCUUAUUCUUUGGCAUUUCCAUCUGUCCCGAGUCGCCAAGGUGGUUGGCAAAGAAGGACGGGUGGGAAGACGCCAAGAAAGUCUUGGUUCAUAUCCGCAAGCUGCCGGCAGACCACGACUAUGUCAGCACCGAGAUCAAUUAUAUCAAACGGCAAGUAGAAGACAGCAGCGUAAAUCACAUGAACAAGGCUCAAAUGUUCAAACGCUUGUUCGAGAAAGGCUCUCGCAGUCGCAUUGCCAUCGGUCUGUUUCUGAUGGCCUGCCAGAAUCUGACAGGCGUCAACAUCAUCACAUACCAUGAGCUGGAGAAAGGGUAUUCGACCUAUUCGCCUCGCAUCUUUGAGACUCUGGCCAUCACAGGCAUGAGCAAUAAGCUUUUCGCGACGGGCUUCUACGGUAUAGCAAAGACCUUGGGCAUGGUCAUCUUCACCGUCUGGCUCGCCGAAAAGGUCGGCCGGCGCAAUGGUCUCAUCUGGGCAGCCUUCAUUGGAUCCCUUCCAAUUUGGUACAUUGGUGGCUUUACAUUUCUUGCAGACCCCGCUGGCCAGGCGGCUGCUGGGAAUACCGACCGCAAUGCGCGGGGGUAUAUCGCCAUGCUUUGCGUGUAUCUCUGUGGCUUGAUCUAUUGCGCCACUUGGCAUUACGUGGUUGUACUGCAGCGAGGUGUUCAGCCUAGACGUCCGCAUGCUCUGCGUCGCCAUCACGACCGCAGAUCAGGGAGCUUCGUCGUCUCGCGGACUACGCCUUACAUGAUUACGUCGCUCGGCUACGGAAUGUACAUGUUCUUUGGAACUCUCGUGAUCUUGAUGGGCGUGUGGGCUUUCCUCUUCGUGCUCGAGACCAAAGCACCUGUGCUAGGUCUCACGCUCGAGGAUAUGGAUCUGCUCUUUAUGAGGAGCAUGCACACCACGGUCUGGACCGCUUUGCGAGAACGCAAGAGCGCCAAAGAUGUCUUGGCGGACACUUCGCCUGCGGCGGCUGUUCAUGCGCCUUACUUGGAGGAGAAGGAGGUCCGGCUGGAGUACAUGGAUACUGUGGAAUACAAGUCUGUGACAAGAUGA